CACACACACACACACACACACACACACACACAUCAUGGGAGAGGUGGUAGAGCUGCUGAGUGGCGACCUCUUUGCCAUGUUGGCAGGCAUUGACGGAGAAUGCUUUGUGCUGCGCAAGGACCGCUUUCGGGUGCGCCCCGGCUUGCAAGGCAUUACCAGUGCAGAGCACGAGAUUCUGGACAAGCUGUGCGUUCUUGGCACAACGUUCAGAACCCUGGAAGUCUUUGUGGAUACCCAGCUCACAGAGAACGCAGGGAUUUACAGAACCGCAGUGGCAGAUGCACUGGACACCGUGUUGGACACGUACCGAGAAGAAAUCUUGCUGGCACAAGACAAGUUCAAUGCCGGUCAUGAAACAGCGCUGUCCAACCUUGUGUACCGCUUCAACCACUACUUUGUGUUGUUCCCAUUGCUGGCCAACACAAUGGAGGAAAUCACACACAGACAGCUAUCCGGGUGCCGCCUGCUGUCAUUCCUGCACGACCGACUCGACCAGCCACCAGACCUGCGCGGGCCCUUUGCCCUCCUCAUGCGCGAGUGUCUGCGUGUGUUUCUGCAGCACGUUGCGGAUUGGGUUGUGUAUGGCACGCUCAGCGACCACAGGGGUGACUUCUUCGUUCAGCGCAUCUCCGACAGCCGACAGAAGCAGGGUGAUGCCUAUCGCGGCGUGUGGGACGACUAUGAUCUGAAUGCAAAGCAGUUGCUGAGCUCCAUCAGCAAGCGAACACACGUGCGGAUGCUGGAGUUGGGCCUGUACACGCUACUCCUGCAGGGUGGCAGCCCAACAUCGGGUGCACAGGGCAUCUCGGAGGAUGAGCAGCGGGAGCUGGAGCAGACGAUCCUGUCGCUGCUGAGCGAUUCUGGACUUGAUGCUGUGCAUCUCGAUCAAACACUCGCACACAUCCACGAACGCCUGUCAGAGCACGUGUGGCGGUUGCUGAUGCAACAAGCGGACCUCGUUGCCACACUGCAGCUGGUGAAGGAUAUGUUCUUGUUGGGCAAAGGCGAUUUCUUUGUUGCGUUUCUUGAAGAGGCAACAGACGCCCUCACAGGCCCCAUUACUUCAAAAUCGUCAGCGGAAGUCCAGUCCUGUUUCGAAAAUGCAUUUGUCGAGGUUGGCCUGGACAAGAGUCCACUCAUGUCCAUGUUCACCGUCGACGUCGAUCAAGCCCGCAGCAGUGCACGCCUUGCUGUUGACGCCGCGCGCAUGAGAAUGAUGCGGUUCGCGCAGCCGCUGCAGGUCCUCUUCACCAACGCCGUCCUGACCAGAUACGACGCGGUGUUUCGGUUUCUCCUCAAACUCCGCGUGACGCAGCACGCCCUCGACCUCUGCUGGAAGAAGCAGAUGAAGUCUCGACGCCACCAGUCCUCUGCAGAGCACACGACCAUGUGGAUUGUGCGCAGUCACAUGGCGCACAUCGUCACCAGCUUGCAGUCGUACAUCCACUCUGACGUGUUGGAGGCAGAGUUUGGGGAGCUGCUGCGGGCGAUCCAGAAGCGAGCGUCGCUGACGUCCAUUCUUGACCACCAUGCACGCUUCCUCGACAACAUUGCUCGCCGCACCUUCCAGAGCAUGGACAAGGUGACGAGCGAGAUUGACACGCUACUGAACACGUGUCUGGACUUUCAUCAUCUGCUUACCCGUUACCCAUCGCCGGGCCUUGUUCCCCGCGACCAAGUCACCGCCGUAGCAGAGCGGUUCUACAAGAUCAUGGCGUUUCUGGUUCCGGUGCUAAUGACGGUGAAGGACCGUCAUCUCUCCCAACUCCUCCUCCGUGUCGACUUCAACCAGCACUUCAGCUUAAUGCGAAGGCCCUGAGGAAUGCUUGCGUGCGUGUGAUGGAGGCAAUGCGUGGCGAACUGGGUUCGCAGUUGCAUGGCGUGGUGGAUGGGGUGGUGUUAAUUGCAGUACAACAUAUGUGGCAGGA